AUGGCAGAAUUAGGCAUCAUAGCUUCCGUCGUCCAGAUCGCAGACGUCGGCCUUCGCCUCAGCAUCAAACUCUACACCUUUGGCGAAAUAGUCGCCAGCGCAGACCGUUCCGUCAUCUCCAUCUCAAAGGAUGUCUCCCUUACGUCUGGGGUGUUGAAAGAGCUUGGGCGCAUACUUGAUAAGGACAAGGAAACUGGGACAUUCUCGGAGAAUGCCGUCCAAACCGCAGAUGGCGUUGUCAAGGAGUGUCUGGAGGUGUUUCAGGAGAUGGAGAACAUAUUGGUGAAGAAAUUGCCCAGUCUGGGACGUGGACGUAGGGAAGGGAAGGGAGGAGAGAGGGCGAAGAGGGCGACGAUCAUGUUGGAGAGGCUCAAGUGGGGGUAUUUGCAGCCGAAGCUACAACUGCUGCGAAGCAAUCUGGACAGACUGAAAUCGACGCUCUUGUUGAUGUUAAAUGUUAUCACUUACGCAAGGCAGGUGUCUGGGAAAACCGAGUCGCCAUCUCUGAUCGCUGAGCAGAGGUCUCUCAUCGAGGAUCUGGCGCAUUCGAACCGCGAAUACAUUCGCAAAUUUGAAGGAUUGAAGCUUGGAGUUGGGGGACCUGCAGUAGAGCAGGUGGAUGAUGCUUCAAGCAUUGGAGCAUUCGAAAGGGAACCGAGCACUACAACAGGGUCACAGCCAGGAGCAUCUACCCGCACAUUUGAGAGGAUGAAGCUUUCUAUUGGAGGGAUACCGCUACAGGACAGAAAGAAUCCUUGGGGCCUUGGAUCCAGGGGGCCCACCACUGCGAUAAAUUCGUCGCCAAAAGCACCAAGCAAUGUGACAAGAUCGCUGGCCACGCCGCCAAACGCAAACAUCGAAAACGUGUUCAUCAAUACAAACGUACAGACUAAAAAGGCAAUGCCACCAGUAGGAGAGCGAGGAAUACCAACAACAGAGGCGUCGAUGGGGUUGGACCAAGAAGUGCUCUUCAAGCAGCUUGAACAUUAUUCGAUGCUCAUCAGAAAUUUACUGAAAGAGGUGGAUGAAGCACAAUAUAAGGUCACAUACAAGAGCCGAUUGCGAGUGAAGGGCGGUAUAGCAGGUCUCCAUGAGGGUGAAAGGCAGGAGCUUGAGAAGAUUUGGGGGUGCACGGCGCUGCAAAGUGCGGAAGAAAGACUUGAUUCUCUCACGGAGGGACUGGAAGAACUGCCUAGGAUGAAUAGAUUCGUGGCGAGAGACCCUGUCAAGAUGUUCUCCCCUAGCAAGCUGAGGCUCAAGAGAACACCCCUGUCGAUGGCGGCAAACCGUGGGCCCGACAGCGGAGAGCAAGAGGAGGCUUCCUUCUGGUUACCACAAGCCACACCGGAUGGACGUUUGGUCUAUUUGAAUUCAAUCACUGGGACAUCCACGAUGGAAAACCCUUCCAAAAUGUCAAUUUCGGUCAACGAGGCUGCCGCAAAACGGAGCAGGAUCAUCGGUAUGUCUGAGAACAAUCGAAAUCCUAUUGAUAGGCUGGCUGGGGUCUACACAAGGAACGAUUCCGUACCAGAGUCGGAAUAUCACCUUUCAGAUAAGAAAUACAUCAAGCUUUCGGACUCCGUCCCAAGAGCCUCGAGAGACAAUCCGAGAAUUGAGGAGUCAUGCGCGCCAAUCGCCGACACGGAUAUCAAGCCGGCAGGGGAGCAGACCAGAAAAAAAGCAGAUCAUGCUAGUACGUCGAGUGACAUGAAGACCCGAACCUUAGGCCGCAAGAACGUCAAGGGUCUUGCGUUGAGCGCCGCACCAAAGGCGGUCCCUGCUCCGUCAGCGACUGGCACAGCGAGGGAUGAAGUGGGGGUGGAGCAUUAUCCUAAUCUGUGGGAAGCAAGCAUUGUUGGAGCAGCGGCUGGCGCAGGCGCUUUCACCUCACACCACCUAUCGGGCCAAUCAAGUGAAAACGGGCCUGUGCAGUUUCGAGACUCGAAACCCACGGUUGCUGAAUACUCCGAUCGAGAUCCUAAUACGGACAAAUGGCUAGAGCAGGAACAUGAAAGGGAAGAUCGCUGUCAUGAAUCCGAAAGUUUGAAAUUAAAACUAUAUUCAUUUGCUGACUACCAGAAUAUGAAAAAUUACACCGAUGACGGCAGGGAUGCCCCAUACCUGGACAAAGUCACGGCUACGCAAGACCCACAGGCUGUAGCGCCGUUCAACCUUCGGAUGGGGGAUGAUAUGCCUCAAUCGAAACCAUCUUCCUUACUUGAUCAUCUUUGCGGAACCAAGGACGCUGGAGUAACACCAGAUGGUACAGUGCUGAUCGAGCAGUUCCGUGGAUUGAAACGGAACCUCGAGCAAGAGCAUCAAGAGACAGUUUACGGGAACCGAACGAGUGAGACAGAAGUCACCGCUCGCGCUAGUCAGAAUACAGUACCUCUUCCGGAGGACAACGCCGCCUUGGAUGCAAAAUUCCCGCGUGCCAUCGCUUCCUAUUUCCGAGACCAUGAAGGUUCAAAGAUGCCUCAAGCCAUAGCGCAGCGUUUCACAUUGGUGGGUUCCCAAGAGUAUCAAGAUGCUUCACCCGGUGACAUUGGAAUUCCAGGACUCUCUGCGCGCAGUGACUGUUCUCAGAAUGAUGCACUUGAAAGUCUCGCCGGCGCCAGAAAUUCAAGGCCUUCUCGAUCUGUUUUUGAUGGUAUGGGAGAAAGACAGAUGGAUCGGGCUUUGAGAAUCAUGAUUCCAGAUCCUGAUGGUGUAUUGAAGCCUACCACUCUCCCUCCCCUUCGAAGGCCAGACCAAGGUCCUGUCCUCGAAUGUCCAUUCACCUUCCUUAAGUGCUUCAGACAAUUUACCGUCUUAAACGAACGAGAAUGGAUUCAGCACAGUCUGGAACAUUUUCGGACCAACGAAAAACGGCCGAGAAAGGUCGAUCCGCCGAAGAUCAACUCGUGCUGCUUUUGCUUCCAAAGGUUUCAAGCACCCAUUGGUGUUGUCAGUUGGCGCGACCGCAUGGACCACGUCAAGAAUCAUCAUCAUUAUUUGGGCCAUCGUCUGGCGGCCGCUCGAUAUGACUUUGCCCUCAUUGAAUACUUUUGGCAAAAUGGCUUAUUGUCGUUGGCGGACUAUCGGGAAUUGAAACCGAAUUCUGUCAACAAGCAUGGCAACAACAUUGGCCACGCAGAGCAAGCGGAUACAUCGAUUCUUAAGGGACUUCAGACCAACAAGCAAGGCAUUGUUAUCGGUCCUGAAGGCGUUCCGAUCGCUCGUCUCGUGGAAGGCAAGGCAAACGAGCUUGUCGGCAAGAUAUGUGACGAGGACGGUCAGCUCUGGAAUGAUCUCGGCAAGGUCAUCGGACGGUGCGAGCUUAUCCCUGAGAAUGAGCGCGAGGCUAAAGCUGAAGGUUCUUUCGCUGGGCUGGAGGGCUGUGUCGUUGUCAAGGAUGGCAUGAUUGAAGACGAAAAUAAACGUAGAGUUGGAGUCGUUGUCGAGGGCGAUGCGACGCGACUUAUUGGCCGUGCUGUUGAUGAAGACGGAGAUAUCAUUGGCAAAUAUGGUGACGUCAAAGGUCAUGCCGAGCUGUAUGAGGAACCCCAAGAAGAAAUGGCAGAACUGUCUUCCAUGGGAGGGGACCUCGUCGAAAGUGCUGUGGAUGAAGCAAUAGAGCCCGUCACUCGAUUCAAAAUCGAUGAAGAGGUGAUCAAUUCGCACGUCACGGGAUCAGGGUACAGGCCACCCAUGCGUCGUGCAGUUGCAGCAUGCACAGCCUGUAGAGAACAGAGGGUCAAAUGCAACAGGGCCGAGCCAAUGUGUGUCCAUUGCGAACAAUACGGGGUAAAAUGCAUCUACAACAAUAAUACAAAUCUAAGCCAAGGCGCUGGUCCAGACCUAUCUUCUAAUGUCAGACCCGGUGCAGAUCGCCCAACGUUCCAGCGAGAUGACAGCUUCUCAGACUCGGCUGCAGAAGCGAAGAUGGAAGCCGACCGCAAGUUUUUCAAUGAACCGAAAUCUGCAAUCUCAAGUAGACAUUACCUACUCUCUUUCAGCGACGACGUCCCCAACAGUGACCGGAUUCUCGAGCGUGCCGAUCCCCUACGGCCUCCCGCCUCUGACGCAGAGAAGCGCAUUCAAAAGCAAGCCGAUACUUUUCAGUGCACAUUAUGCCCGAAGAAGUUCACUCGUCACCUCCGGACCCAUACUGGGGAGCGACCUUUUCUAUGCACAGUCUGUGGCGAAUCUUUCGCGCGCCUGUUCGAUCUCAAAAGACAUGCGGCGCUGCACAGCGGAGAGGAAUCUCAUUCCGACGAGCGCGAUCCUGGUAGCGACGUCGAUUCACAGACAUCGAUGAAGAGAGGAGAAGAGAGUUCAACACAUACGCGUCCCCAAGAAAAAGACCGGAAAUUCAUUUGGCCGGAGUUGGGGGACGACUCUCCGGACAUCAUAAUUCCUGUCGGCACAUCGUAUGAUGCGGCCGCCCCUUCAUCCAUCGACAACGCCUACUUGACUGAAGGUGACGAAGAGCAGAAAAACAGAUUUAUGGAGACGACAGACGAGUACAAAGAGUUAAUGGACGAGAAUGUCCUUGGUCAAGACUUUCACCAGCAGGCACGCAUGCAACAGCAUCGAAGUGCACUCGACGCAUCAGCUCUCAUGGAAGAACCCUCAGGUCCAACUUCUCCUCGUUAUACCUGGUCUUUUUCAGCACCCACGGAGUUCAAGUUUCCAGAGACGCAAGAUACGGCAGCGGCGCGAACUAGAAUCCAGGAUCCAGGCAUUGACUUGGAUUCAGUGGAUAGCGUGCUGGAAAGAGGGAGCUCUGAGAGGUGGCAGCGCGGAAGCGAACAAGACGAUCCGGGGGUGGCGGAUAUGGAGUUGGUAGAUCGCCUCGUUUUCUUGUGGACCACGGUGAAGCAUUUGUAA